AUGUUUUGCAAAAGCACUUUGCGUCGACUGGUGACGCUUCUCGCGGCAUCGCGGUCACUGGCUGAUAUUCCGCCGCUCUAUCAAUCACAUCCAUAUGACAUAGGAGCCUUCGACCGAUGGCCACAUCAGCUUUAUCACUCGUCCGCCGCCAUUGGUCCCAUUUUGAAUUACCACAACAAAAGUGAAGAAUGUCUUGACGAUCGGCUGUAUACGGUGGUACCGUAUUGGGGCAAACAAGUGAAUAUACCGGGAGUGAUGCUCCUCGACGCAGAAGGGUAUCUCGUCUGGCAUACCACCGGAUACGUGACGGGGGACAUACAGACCUCCCAGGGUGAGAAUUAUAUCGUUGCACUUGCUAUGGACUUAACGUACUAUGCGCUGAUCAACGCACGCUACGAAGAAGCUCAUCAAAUCCGUGUAGGAAACGGAUGGAAUCUUGACGCUCACGAGCUGACCUUGACGGAUUCCAGAACGGCACUUCUGGUCUUCAAUGGUGUCAUCCCCACCAAUCAAACAUCCUUCAACGCGCCCCUAGGGGUGGAAUUCCUCUUGGAAUCGGGUAUCCAAGAGAUUGACAUACUAACAGGAGAGGUGGUGUUUGAGUGGCGGGCCUCAGAGCAUUUCAGAUUCGAGGAAUACUUUCACUUCCAGCCGAGCGACGGGGGAACCGAAGCAACAGCUCCAGACCUGUUCCACAUCAACAGCAUCGAGAAAGACAAGCUCGGCAACUUCCUGAUAUCCUGCCGAAUGAUGAGUUCCGUCGUUUACGUAGACGGACAAUCCGGCGAUGUGAUCUGGAAGCUCGGCGGAAAGGGCAAUAUGUUCAAAGACCUAUCUGGAGGCCUAGUCGGUUUCAACGGCCAACACCAUGCCCGGUUCCACGACAAUCAGCAAAAGAUAUCCAUCUUCGACAAUGGGAAUUGCCCUGGUCGGCCAGUGACAGGCCCAACUCGCGGCAUCACUUUACUCCUGGACACCGAGAACAUGACGGUCGACCCCGAUCACGAAUACAUCAGCCCGAACAAAGUCUUGACUGAUAACAGCGGCUCAAUGCAGAUUUUGGACAGUGGCAAUGUGGUACUUGGAUUUGGCCCGAACGCGAACUGGGCCGAAUAUUCCACAAAUGGAACGCUGCUUUGCAAUGUUCAUAUGGGCCCAGAGACGUGGUUCAAUAGCGGUGAGAUUCGGAGCUAUCGGAUCUCGAAAAGCCCUUGGGUUGCCGAUCCUCCGACUCAACCUGAUAUUGCCGUGAUUGAAGACCGAGUGUACGUCAGUUGGAAUGGGGCCACGGAGGUAUCUGCGUGGGCGUUGAAGGGGGGCCAGGGGCAGGAAGGAGCAGACGACUCCGUGUUUUUGGGGCAAUAUCCGAAGCUUCACUUUGAGACUGAGAUUCCCAUUCCUGCCACUUAUCGAGGUUCUCUUUUUGUUAGUGCUUUGGAUCGAACUGGUCGUAUCCUUGGGUCCUCGCGCGCAGUUCAAAGAUUUUCAGAUGUUCGACCUGGGUUGAUCACGCAGGAGGUAUGA